CGUGAUAUCAAACUAAGUAUCCCGCCUCCCCGUACGCCAGCGUCGAGUAGCUAUCAGACAUCCUGAAAUGAAGCAGAGGAUCACGUACAUUGUCAAAGACCCAGUCCAGGGCUAUGAUCCCUCGAACCUCAAGGUCACCAAGACAAGUCUGACCGUGGCCGCUCUAGAUGGGGCCAAAGAACACCAUAUCACGUUGGGCAUGCACGAGUUGCCAGACGAGUUGAGAGAGUUGCUGACGGGCUCGCACGAGCUGUACGUCCGAUGGGGCUCAGACCGACCAUACGAGGCCACGGCGCCGUACGCGUCGCGGAUCAGUCCCGGACUGCACGUCUUCUUUUCUCCUCUCAAAAACCAGGAUGCGCCCCCGUUGUGCGACCACAUCCGCGCAGUGUUUGGGGAUGACGUGAAAUGCGACGGCGUUGAGACCUCCUUCACCACGCCGCCCAUUCUGUCCGGGCGUUUCUCACACUCUGCGUCGAGGCAGUUCUACAGUUACGUUGCCAGCCUCCAGCCACUGGUGGAUCGUCUUGUCCGCGAAGUGUGUCCUACGUCUGAUGACUUCGGUUGCAAGUCUUUAGCCCAAGGACUCUUGACAGCAGACUAUGUCGACCUGGAUUACAACAGUAUCUCGCACGCUCUGAUUCUCAAAGCGUUCUGGUCCACCUCGCCAGAUUCAGCGUGGGACGAAACACACCACCUCUCAUCGAGGGACGGAGCGCUCGAAGUGGGCGUUCUAAGCAACGAGAAGCCGGACGAGGAUGAGGAGCUCAAGUACAGCGGCGUCCUGACGCAGGUUGGAAAGGACAAGGAACCAUCACCUGUGCUCUUCUCGUUCCCGGCUCGCCACCACCCGCUCCCAUCGUCUUCCACGUUCUUCACGUCCUUUCCUCCCCCAACAGGUCUCCAUCCAACCCUCAAAAUCACUCUCCCGACGGCGUCGUCAGCAGCGUCGCCCCCCCUCCCUCACUGUGCUCUGCACACGUACCUCACGAUCCCCUCCACGCUCUUCAUAGAUCGCUACCCCCUCAAUGACCCCCUCUUCCUGCGCUCUAACUCCCUCAAAGCACUGCACGCCCUUUCCGGCGCCACCGAUCUAGAAGCGCCAGACUACCUCACCCCGGCGUGGGGAAGUGCCGCCCUUUUCGAGGUCGACACCGCCGACGCCGCCAUCAAGGGCUCCAGCUCCUUCAGCUUCACCAUCCCCCUGCACCUCCGGUACCUGCCACCCGCAGGCAACGCCAGCCGCGGCCUGCGCCCCGUCCACGUCCCCGACCCGGUCCUCUUCUGGGCCUGCCCAGCAGAAGAGUACGGGAAAUUCCCCUCGUCGCCCUUCGACCGCGUCAACCUGGGCUACGACGGCUUGUUCGGGCCCAAGACGGUUUUCUUUCACUUCACGCCCGCCGCCUCCGCCGACGGCGCGCACACGGCGAAGUUGGUCCGGCGCCUGGACGUGCCCGUCCUCGACCUGGACCGGAGCUGGUACGUGGAGCUGGGCACCGUCAUCGCCGUGCUCUUCGGUGCUGCAUUAGUUGGGCUACCGCUGGUCAAGGUGCUAAUCAGGGAGUUCGGCCAUCGCUGGACGAGGUUUCGCGGUCAAGAUGAAGUCAAGAAGGAGAAAUGAGAAGGGUGGCAAAUAAAAAAGUGCUUGCAGAAGGUCUAAGAAACCAUUGAAGAUUAAUAAAAUAGCUUUCUCAUGCUCGCUGGUCUAGG